CACCGUUAUAUUGCAAUUAAUGUAUUGUUUAGUGUUGUGUUGUUUAGUGGCUUUGCUGGCAUGUAUAAACAAAAAAAUUUAAAAUGCCCCACCCAUGUAAUUUGCUAUUCACUGUCAUAGCCCCACAUUCAAAAUAUGUGAUGAGGAGUUGAGAAAAUCAGAAGUCAGAAAUACUGUUAAAAUGUUUUUCAAUUGACUGCCAUAGCAUCAAAUAAAAUAAGUAAACAAUGGCUGUGAAUGGCAUUUAAAAAAAAAAUAUGUUUGGGGUUAAUUUUAAUUGUUUUGGGUAUCAGAUAUCAAAAUGGGGCCGUGGGACAAAAAAGUUUGCGGAUCACCAACAUAGAGUAUAUAUAAUGCUUGCAGUAACUAAACUGGCCAUGGGUGGGAGGGGCAGCUUUCCUAUAAAGUACUGUAAUGAGGAAGCCAAUAAGAUACUGAUGUCUUGAUAAAACAUGGACCCUCCCAGUUUCCCUACGUGAUACUUGCUGGAAGGUUCAACUGACUGGUUACAUAUUAACUAUAGGAGCUGCAGUAUGUUUUCUCUUUAUCAAAUCUUUCUGUUCUCAUAAUUAUGUCCACUCAAUAGCCUUUAGGAUUAGCAAUUUGGUAAAUGGGUACUUGGUAUGAAUCAUAUUUGAGACUCUAGGUGGUAAAUAUACAACAAAACAGGACAUUAAUUUAUACACAAGGUGCCGAGGCUGAGUAUUGGAGAAGGACAAGACACAGAGGUGUUCUGGGACUAAUUGACUGUUAACUAUUACCAUUUAGCCACCAUCACCAUGGGAUGUUUUGGAUCAAAACCAGAAGACCAGAUACAGAUCCCAGCGUAUUCAACAAAGAAGGGUUAUAACUCAACUGCAGAGCAAGAAAACCCUUUACAGACAGAUGCUCAUCUCAAACUAUCUCCUAAGAAAGAUGCAUCAGCAAGAUCCAGCAAGAAGACAGCAAAGUUCGAUAUAAAUCAGGCACGCUCACAUGAAGUGGAUGUUACUCUGGAUGUGGACACAGCUCACCCUAAACUGAAGAUAGAUGGGAAAUCACUACAGUGGACCAAUGAAUCACAGCAGAGAAACAUUAACAUUGAGAACUGUUUUAAUGAAGAGCCUUUUGUGUUGGGCAAAAUGGGCAGUCCUUUGAAGACGUACUGGGAGGUGAAUGUGAAGAGUUACUGGGAGGUAAAUGUGAAGAGUUACUGGGAGGUGAAAGUGAAGAAGGACGACUGGGUGCUUGGCGUUACCAAGGCAACGGCUCACAGGAAGGGGCCGCUGGUUUUCAGACCAAAAGGUGGCUUCUGGGUAAUCAGACUAUCCAAUGGGCAAAGACUUAAAGCAAUGGAGGAUGAAGAACAUGUUCUUGAGAAAGGUAUUCCAGAUAAAGUUGGUGUCUAUCUGGAUUAUCAGGAAAAGAAGGUGACUUUCUUUAAUGCAGAUGACGGCUCACUCAUCUACUCAUUUAUCGACGGACCAAGUUAUCAGGAUGAUGUCCUGCCACUUUUCUCACCCUGGAACAAUGAUGCAAAACCAAUCACAAUUUUGUCCAUCACAGCAACAUAGAAUUUUUUUUUAAAUCACAUUCCCUGUCUGUCAAUAGCUUAUCAUGGUAUCAAGCUGUGUUAAUAGUUAUCGAUUAAGUAAAAUCCAGAAUUGUGGAUUAAUUUGUUUGAUCCUUUGCUGUCAUUUAACCAGGCAUCUACGUUGUGUUCCAUUAUCUGUAUUAAUAUAUUAUUCGUUCAUUAUUUCAGUAGAUUUUUGUGUAUGAAAUUAAACAAACAUUUUGUUUUAAAAUACUAAAUGUUGAUUUGAGAAAAAUACAAGAUCUUAUUUGGUAUCUGGAUGUAGAUCUAUUGAUGACUAGGAUUGAGAGAAACAACUACCUUCUAAUGACUUGUAUGUAGUUAUUUUGACAAGUUUGGUAAUCAUCCAUCACGUAAAACUUUGAUUAUAUUUACAAUGACCAAGCAUGAAAGCUGGAUUGCCAGAGAUUUGACACAAUAUAUUGACCCUGUAAAGCC